UACAAAUUUUUACAGAGAACAUGCUCAGAGCCUAGCAACCGGCUUUUAGCCAGAAACGGAAUACAAGAUACGAAUUCAUACGAACCGUCUCAAAAUUCAUUUUUAGUGUAUUGAAAGAUGGUGCCGAGAAUCAAGGUGACGUCAYGCGUCAAGGUUCUGUUUGCUGUGCUAGUUGUUUCCUUCUCAGGCUUACAAGAAAUCGAGAGUCUUCAAAUAAAAUUGAAGCGUUCCGUAUCCCAAACAGAUUUCGUUCCCAAAUGUGAUGACAUUGAUCCCUUUAAACGCAUAAAAUGUGGAAACCAACCCACUCGAGGUGGUUGUGAGGCAUUGGGAUGCUGUUUUAACAACCAUGUGAUGGGUGCAGAGACAUGCUUUCAUCUCAAGGGGUCAUGUUCAGCGGUUCAGCCUUGGAGUAGAUUACAAUGCGGUUCUCCUGAGAUGACACGAGAGAAUUGCGAAKCAGAGGGAUGUUGCUAUGACGACACCCUCAUCAAUACUCCAUUUUGCUAUCGUAAAAUAAGAUAAAAGAAAGAGUAAAAUAUUCAUCAACUGUA